AAAAAAAAUAAAAAAAAAAGGAGGAGGCGAGGAGGAGGAGGAAAGCAAGAACAGACUAGAGUCUCUCUCCCAAGCUCUCUCACCAAUGGCAGAAACAACAAACAAACAACCGUCUGACGAAGAAGAAGAAGAAGAUUACAUGGGCGACCUCUCUCAGUUCCUUCCUCCCGAAACCACUGCCCCCUCAAAAUCUUCGGUAAAGGAUUUGCAAGAUAUAUUGAUAAAGCUGAGAGAGGAAUAUCAAUACUGCCUCUUCUGUGGAUGUCAAUAUGAAUCAAUGGAAGCACUCUUAUCCAACUGCCCAGGAACAAAUGAAGAUGACCAUUGAAAGAUUGUUCCUAAUAACACGAAUUUGUUCCACUACAUAACUUCCAGAAGAAGAUGCUACUUUGCCCAAGUUAGGUAUGGAUCGAUUUGUCCUCGAUGGAAGGUUGUUUAUUUCAAGUGGGUGAUUUUUAACUGAUCUGAUAGUCUCUUUUUGAGAGUGCUCAAAAGCGGAAGGCAACCAAACCAAGCUUUCAGAUAUCAAAGUGAUCAUCAGUUCAGUUGAUGUAAAGGAGGAAAAAAACACCAUACAUAUGCAUUUUUCGGUGCAAACCAAGCUUUAUAGGGGAGGAUAGUGUUUGCUGGGCUCCCCUCACAACACGAGCAAUUUUUGUACAUGAAAAGGACCUCCUUACGUGUUUAAUGACAGUGCCUUGUGUUAAAAACUUUGGCAAACAUGGACUUAUCUUGGUGUUUGACUUGAAAGAACUUAGAAAUUCAUGAACUGGUAUUAUACUAUGUUUAAAGAUUCCCUAUUAAUAUAUGCAGUGUUAAUUUUGUAAUUCCUCA